AUGCCGCAACAUAGCAACCGAGGAAGUUUAAAAAUACAACAUCGACCCCCUUUUCCUCAAAGAUUUCAGAAGCAGAAGCAAGAUGCUCAAUUCGAGGAAUUUCUAGAUGUUUUAAAGCAGCUGGAUAUUAACAUUCCACUUGUGGAGGCUCUUGAGAAAAUGCCCAAUUAUGUGAAGUUCGUGAAGGAUAUUCUCACAAAAAAGCGUAUGUUGGGAGAGUUUGAAACUAUGGCUCUAACCAAGGAGUGUAGCUCAUUUUUGCAAAAUAAAUUGCCUCCUAAAAUGAUAGAUCCAAGGAGUUUCACCAUUACAUGUACUAUUGGAGAUUCUUAUCGUGGGAUGGCCUUAUAUGACUUCGGUGCUAGCAUUAAUUUGAUGCCAGUGUAUAUUUUUAAGCAAUUUGGGAUUGGAGAAGUCAAACCUACUAUGGUUACUCUUCAACUUGCUGAUAGAUCUCUUGCUCACCUUGAUGGGAAGAUUGAAGAUGUGUUGGUAAGAGUUGACAAAUUCAUUUUCCCCGCUAACUUUAUUGUUCUAGACUAUGAGGUGGAUAUAGAGGUGCCUAUUAUUUUGGGGAGACCAUUUCUUGCUAUAGGUAGAACUUUGAUUGACGUGGAAAAAGGGGAGCUCACAAUGCGACCUCAAGAUGAGCAAGUAACUUUCAAGGUAUUCAAUCCUAUAUGUUCUCCAGAUGAGUUGGGGAAUUUUUUGGUCAUUCAUGUCAUGGACUCUAAUAUGGAGGAAGAGAUACCCACAAAGUAUAACCAGAGUUUGAAGAUGAAGCUAACUCCUGAAAAAUUUGAGAAAGAGCCAUGGAAAAGUGUAAAAAAAGGCAUAGUCUCACAUGCAAGAGCCACAUAG